CUUUGGCCCGGUGCUCUCUACCACCGUGAUGCCCAAGUUCAACUACUCAGCCAGACGGUAGACCUAGCCUCCCCUGUCAACGUCGGUCAAAAGUCUUGGAGGUCCGGCGGUCCUCCUCUGCCAAGUUCACAGCAGACAGACUAGAAGCAGCAACAGCUCCAGCCAAGUCCGUCGGGGGCCUUGUCAAGUGUCGGUCCUCGUUCCUGGGAGCUAGUCGCUCACGGAUGGCGGUAGAACGCAGCAUAGACGUUCGUUACGUCGAUUGACUCGAGUGGCCAUCCCUCCCCCCAGCCGUGUGAGUGUUCAACGGCUCAGUGGUGGGUAGAUCCCAGGUCGGCGGGAUUCCCUGCCCUCUCUGCCCCUCUGAAACGCUCUCGGUGCGAGACCAAAGAUGCAACCAAGAAAUGGUCCCCUGUUUCACGCAACCUAGCCUCUCACGCUCUCUUACUGGUGUUUCCCCCCCGGAGUACCACCACCACAGUCUACGACACACCCUCGUACAGGGACAGAGGCUGACGACGCUGAAGACCGAAGGGUGCAUGAAGUAGCCUUGUGGCUGGGCGACGUUGAUCGGCCGAUCUUUUUGCGGCCUUGGCUCGGACGGCAUGUGUUCGGGUGAACCGUCUUUGCUGGCGGGUUACGUGGGUGGGCAGUGUUCGCGGGUUCCAUAAGUAUGGACGACGGUCCCUUCUCGAACGACACUUGAAACACGGGAAGACGAGUAUGCUCAUUGAACUGAAUACCCAUCUGCAGAGUUGUCGAGUUUGUCUGAUCUGAACAACUGCAUCUCUCUAUUUCCAUCCUUCAAUCUAAAUAUACGCCUUUGCUCUGCAUUUCACUCUUUUCGUCUCGCUCAUCAGACGUUUCCAUCUCACAGUCCGCCCAACCGAUCAAAAUGCAGUUCUCAAAGGUUCUCUACGUCCUCUUCCCGGUUGCCGUCCUCGCGGCGCCGUUCAAGACCUUCGAGGUCCCGACGCUGGACCCCAACACGGUUGCACCGGUGGUUCCUGCUAUCGACCGCCGUGUUCCUCAGGCGGACACUUCUGGGAUGAUUGCUCUCAAUGGGUACUAUGUUCCUGCCAACUCUUCAAUUCCUGGAACCUCAGAGAUCAAGCAAUUCGACUUCACAGUUGACGGCCAUCCCAAGUUGAUCCGUGUCUUGCAUCGACAAGACCGGUCCGUCGAACCGCCCCGCUUCCGGCUCCGAGUCGUGGAGCACCCCAACUGGGUGACACGGUCCGUGCGCAAAAGAAAGGUCGACUGGGACGCCGCCGUGGACGCAGGUCCAGCACCGUUCACACACCCCACCGCCACUCUGCCGGACAUCUACAAGGCAGUUUUGGAGACCCUCGGACGCGAAAUCUCGGAGGCUACGCUGGAACAGAUCAACAACCUCCACGAAGACGACACCACUCUCGACCUGCCCCUCGAGGGAGACAAGGUCUGGUUCGAUGACUACAGCUGGAUUCAGCUUCCCAUCACGCGUACUUCGUACCUAGCCAUCAACGACGACGACGACGACGACGGUGACUCUGACGACUCUGGCACCGUAGGCGACAACGACCGCUACCUCGACUGCGAUUUCGACUGCGGCGACGCAUUCAAGGACGAGAACGAGCAGACAUUGCAGGGCGACUCAGACACGGCUGGCGAAGAUUGCGACGGCGACUACACAAUGGCUCCCUCCGGCCCCAAGGCGCAGAGCGUUGCGCAGAGUGCUGCUGCCACGAACAACUCAGCACCUGCCCCCGAGCCAGCGGCGGCCAAGGGUCCGCACCCUGGCCACAUGCAGGUGUCUUGCCAGUUCACGAGCGAGCAGAGAUUGAGACGCAUGCUGCGAGACAACAAGAGCGACCCAGCUAGGGAGGAUAGCUACCGUCUUCAGGGAGUGCAGCUCAUCGAUAACGUCCGCACCAUGCUGCGCGUCCCUAUCAAGACGUUUGACACUGCUUGUGUCUACUUCCACUGGUUCAGACUCUCGUUCCGCGACGCUGAGUACAACUAUUCAGAUGCCGCCAUGGCUUGCCUCUUCCUAGCCUGCAAGGUCGAGGACACCAUCAAGAAGUCCAAGGAGAUCCUGUGCGCUGCGUACAACAUUAAGAAUCCCGAGCACCCCACGACCCAGGACGACAAGAUGUUUGAACAGCCCUCCAAGAUCAUCAUCGGCCUGGAGCGCCUGGUCCUCGAGACCGUCGGCUUCGACUUCCGCUGCCGCUACCCCCAGUCCGCUUUGCUGAAGGCAACCAAGAAGAUCUUGGGCCCCCAAUCCAAGAACGUCUUCGCUACUGCCAUGGAGAUGAGCGUCGACCUGUAUAAGACCUUUGCCCCAAUCAAACAGACAACCUACGCCCUGGCCCUAGGCCUUCUAGAGCUCAGCGCCCGCCUCCUCGGCCAAGGCGUCGACAAGGUAGAGAAGAUCAACUACGCAGACUUCCACACGACGCGCCAAAACGUCGUCGAGACGGUCCUCGACCUCCUCGACCUCUACACCCAGCAUGGCAAAUCCACCAAGCUCGGCGUCCAGUUCGACCUCAACAAGUUCAUCGAGGUCAAGAUCGUCAUCAAUAGCGAGGUCGACAACACCCCCGGCCUCGUGCGCUACGCCCACUGGUGCACCAACUGCGACGGCGGCGAGGACGAGAACCUCUCCAACGGCGUCUCCGUCCUCAAGAACAUUUCCUUCUUUGGUAGCAACUCUGCUAAGCGCAAUGGACGCAGCCAGGACGGCACCAUGCGCUUCGUGUUUGACCCGGACCGCGCCCGCCAGGAGCGCAAGGAGGUCGAGGCUUACUACCGCGACGAGUACGAGGAGUAUGAGGUCGAGGUUGAGGUUCCCAUUGAGCCUGAGCAGCGCGGCGGCGGUAACAACAACAACAACCAUAACCACCGCGAUAAGCGUCAUGAGGGCGGCGGUGGCGGUGGUUGGGGCGGUCGUCGUAACCACCACGGCCGUGCCAAGGGCCGCGGUUACUACUGAGCUUGCUUGCUACGUCUAUCAUCACCUUCGUCUUUGAAUUCGCUCUUCACCGCGCGGCGGUCAUUACUUCUGUCGACGCUUACAUAGCACCCGCCAACGAAGGAGGCUUUGCACAUCAAGUGGAUAUGGGAAGAAAGGGGAAUUUUGUCCGAUUAUUUGGCGUUGACGGUACCAAAAGAUACCCCAUGGGAAAAGAAUUUGGAAUG